GGUGAACGGAUCUUGCGGGGAACGUCGACUCGAAUGAUAAUUCGGAUAAGUGUCCUCGAGAUGCGCAGUGCUCUCAUUAUCUGAUUACUUUGGGCGACGAACAUGGACACCUUCGAGUACAACGCCAACCCCGCGCGCGUCAUCUUCGGCAACGGCACCCUCCAGCGCCUGCCCGACGAGCUCGCCCGCCUCAAGCUCUCCGCGCCGCUCCUGCUCUCCACCCCGCAGCAGGUCGACCAGGCGAACGCGCUCAAGGAUGUGCUCGCCGGCAAGAUCGCAGGCCUUUUCACAGAGGCGACGAUGCACACGCCCACGAGCGUAACGGAGAAGGCGCUCGCAUAUGCUAAGGAGGCCGGCGCGGACUGCGUCGUGUCCAUCGGCGGGGGGAGCACCAUCGGCCUCGGCAAGGCGAUCAGCGUGCGCACGGGGCUCCCGCACGUCUGCAUCCCGACGACGUACGCCGGGAGCGAGAUGACGCCCAUCCUGGGCGAGACGGCGGACGGGAGGAAGACGACGAGGACGGACCCGAAGAUCCUGCCCGGCACGGUCAUAUACGAUGUGGACCUCACUAUGUCCCUCCCCGCGGGGCUGAGUGCGACCAGCGGCGUCAACGCCAUCGCCCACGCAGUCGAGGCGCUCUACGCGAAGAACACGAACCCCAUCAUCUCCCUCCUCGCCCUCGAGGGCAUCUCCGCGCUGACCUCCUCCCUCCCCGCGAUUGUCGAGGAUCCCCUCUCCGUGCCCGCGCGCCAGAAAGCGCUCUACGGCGCCUGGCUCUGCGGGACGUGCCUUGGCAGCGUCGGCAUGGCGCUGCACCACAAGCUCUGCCACGCCCUCGGCGGGUCGUUCAACCUCCCGCACGCGGAGACGCACACCAUCGUGCUCCCGCACGCGCUCGCGUACAACGCGCCCGCCAUCCCCGAUGUUAUGGAGCGCCUCGGCGCGGCGUUCGGCGGGGGCGACGCGGUUAAGGGGGUCAAUGUCCUACUCGCGAAGCUCAAGGUCAAGAGGGGCCUGAGGGAGUAUGGCAUGAAGGAGGAGGAUAUUGAUAGGGCUGCGGAGAUUGCGGUUAGUAAUCCGUAUUAUAACCCGCGCCCCGUCGAGAAGGAGAAGAUCAGGGAGCUGAUUAGGAGGGCGUGGGCUGGUGAGGAGGCCAGAGCUGAUUUGUAGGUGAAGAAGUAGGCCAAGUGUACUUGUAUGAAUUGACGGGUCCGUGUCUUCCAUGGGUUAUGCCUUAUUCUCGGGCCCUUUCUUUACUCGCCAGCUCCUGCUUAUAACCUUACAGUGCUGAAUGAGCUGAGGGCAAACCUGGAUUGAGAUAAG